AUUUUUUUUGGAUAGAUAACAUUACAACGAAUCUUCAUCUCCAUUCUUCACUUUCAGAACACUAACUCACACAACAAACACUCCCUCCCAGAGAGAGAGAGAGAACAAGAGAGGGAGAGAGAGAGAGUUCUUUCUUCAAGCUCUUAACAAUGGCGACCUGUACUACAGCCACCACAACAACACCUUCUUCCCUCAUGCUAUCAUACGCCACCUCUUCCGUACACCCAAAAGAUAUCAACACCCCUACUCUUCUCUCCUUCAAGCCCAAACCCCUCUUCAGAACUUUCUCUCUCUACCCACUUGUUUUGAGGCGCAGAGAGAGAAAACCAUGUAAAUUGGUUGAUGGGUAUUUGCGGAGAGAGUCCACCUCUGGGCAGUACCCUCUUGUGGCUGUUUCCGCCGUGGCUGCUGAGGCCGAGCUGGCUGAGGCGGUGGAAGAGAAGGGAGAAGGAGCUGUUGGGUCGGCUACUGUUACUGCUCCCAAGAAGCCCAAAAAGGGCAAAGCUGCUUUGCUUUUGAAGAGGGACAGAACAAGGUCUAAGAGAUUCUUGGAAAUUCAAAAGUUGAGGGAAAUUAAACAAGAGUACGAUUUGAAGACAGCAAUUUCUUUGAUGAAGCAAAUGGCAAGUUCAAAAUUCACGGAAACAGCUGAAGCACAUUUCCGCCUUAACAUUGACCCGAAAUAUAAUGAUCAACAGCUAAGGGCAACUGUAAAUCUUCCCAAGGGAACUGGACAGACUGUCAAAGUGGCCGUUCUUACUCAAGGAGAAAGAUUCGAUGAAGCAAAGAAUGCAGGAGCUGAUUUGGUUGGUGGAGAAGAUUUGAUAGAGCAGAUUAAGGGUGGGUUUAUGGAGUUUGACAAGUUGAUUGCUUCACCAGAUAUGAUGCCUAAGGUGGCUAGCCUAGGAAAAAUUCUGGGACCAAGAGGGCUCAUGCCAAAUCCCAAAGCUGGCACAGUGACCCCUAAUAUCCCUCAGGCUAUUGCAGAAUUCAAGCAGGGAAAAGUUGAAUUCAGAGCGGACAAAACUGGGAUAGUUCAUUUGCCUUUUGGAAAAAUUGACUUUUCUGAAGAAGAUCUCAUCACAAACUUGCUUGCUGCAAUAAAAUCUGUAGAAGCAAAUAAACCAUCAGGGGCUAAAGGUGUUUACUGGAAAAGUGCACAUGUAUGCUCAUCCAUGGGGCCUUCGAUUCGGUUAAACAUAAGGGAUAUGUUGGAUUACAAGCCUCCAUCAGAUGCUUGAAGAGAACAAGACCUGUAAAUGUUGCCUUGAAAUUGAAUAUUCAGCCUCAUAGGUGCACUCGUCGCGUCAGAGAUCAUGCCGACAUUAGUAGACAAGAAAAAAAAACAUGGUGGAAGGGUAACUAGGAUGACAGAAGAAAGGAAGAGCUUAAAUUUUGUAUUUUGGUUGAAGACUUUACAGAGAAGGGUCUUCCACAGAAUGAAAAAUGCCCCUGUAUUUCUUUUUUAUUAUCAAUCCAUAUUACUUUUAUUAUUUCUGUCAGUCGGUUUUUUCUGUUAUAGGCUUGUCAAAACCUCAUGGUGGGUGUGUAAUGGAACUUCUAACCAUAUUUUUUCCCUUUA